GUGCAAACCAACUGUUUCACCUGCUCUCACUCACUUUUUAUCUCCCCAAGUCUUCCCUAAACUUUUCAGUCUUUCACAUUAAAAAAGCUCUCUGUUCUCUGCUUCCUGCAGCUAUACAGUACAAACAAGAUCUUUCUUUUGGGAAUUGGUUAUAUAGGACGGAGCUUGUGAACAGAGGGAUAUAUAAUUUGAAUACAGAGAUAAAUAAUGUGGUUAAAAAUGUCGAUUGAUGUGUAUCGGAAAGUUAUUUCCUUGAACUUGUAUUGUAGGGUGAUUCUGUAAACUACUCUCUUUCUCCUGAUCCUUAGUUUUCUUUUGGAUUUUCGACUAUUGGUUUUGGCUUCUCUGCCAGUGCUGUCUUGCUCUGUUUAUGUUUUUCUCUGUUAUAUUCAUAUAGUUUUUCGAUACCUUUGUUCAGCCUCACUCAGCUUGUUGAUCUUCUUUUAAUUUAUUUUUCUACGUUUAGUCUGUCUUUGCCAUCUAUUCAGACUUUUUACUCUAAAUCUUCUUUUGAGCUUGUUCCUUAUUUUCUUUUCAUCAUCUAUUUCUUUGUCUCUGUUCUGAAAACAUUCCACCGGAGUAGAUUAUACAUUGCCUUUUUCUAUCAAGUUCAAAAAGAAGUUAUGGUGUGCCAAGCAGCAAGUCAGACGAAAUUCAGGGCAUUGAAACACGAAAAUGGAAUUUCUGGAAGAGUGAUAGUUAGAGUGAUAGCAUGUUUUCAACAUUUGGAAGAUUGCCAGGCUGAGUACUUCAGGCUUUUGCUUAAGCCUGUUACGUAGAUUGGUUGCUCGAUUGUGUUAUUAGAUCAAGUUGCUAGUUAGUAUUUAAUUAUUCCAUUAGUUUGUAUUUCAAAGUGAUUGAGAGUUGCAGAUAUAAGAAACUACAGUUUAUAACCUGGUAUUUGUUUCGGCUGAUGGUGAAAGCAAAAGAUUCUUGGCUAGGUAAGCAGCCAUCUGAUUGGAAUGCACCAUUUACAGACGACAUGGGAAGUGUAUUACCUCCUGCCAAACAGAGUUUUGCUGUAUCUGGUUUUAACCCUUUCGCAUUUUCUGCAAAUGCGCCUAUUCCUAAAUUUUCCAGUAAUGGUUUAUGUGGGAGUUAUGGCUUGUCUGGUGGUUUGCCACUACUGACCGAAAGCUCGCUUCCCCCUCUUGUUCCAUAUAUCAAGGAAUCUCAGUAUGCAUUUCCACAUAAACUCGGGGUUGAGACUCAGGCUAAAAAUGUGACUAGCUCUAGUCAGAGAAAUUAUGUUAUUUGUGAUCAGUCAGACGAUCUCAUCAGGGUCUUUCUCAGUUCGUUUGGGCCUUCAACAGGAAAACUCAUUGAUAGUCCUGUGAAACCCGUGCAAGUCGGUUGCACGCGUGUUGUUGAACAAAUUUCCAUUAAUGAACAAACAAUUCCAAUGAAUCCAAAGAUUCAAGGAGCAUCUGAUGAUCAUCACAUAUUCGUUGAAGAAAGUGAGUUUCGUGAAGACUCAGAAGAAAUAAAUGCCUUGCUUUACUCUGAUGAUGAAUAUGAUUAUAAUUAUAGUGACGAAGAUUGUGAUGGGGAAGUAACAAGCACGGAUCGUUCUCCAAGUAAAGUUGAAGAAAAUCUUUACAAUGAUGAACAAGUUGGUGACAUGAUUGAAGAAGUUGCUACCUCUGAUGGCUCAACCAAAAGGCAAAGAUUGCUUGAUGGCGGUUACAAGAAAUCAUUAGUUGUUGAACAUGCAAAUUCAGGGGAAAAUGAUACAUCCCGCGAGUAUAACAAUGAUUUGGAAUCAAGUAGUGCCUGUCCUAGAGCUAUAGCUGAUGUUCUGAGUUCGAAUCUAAGCAUCAAACGAUCAAGGAAAGACAAAAUUCACGAGACGUUAACAAUUAUUGAGACUAUCAUCCCGGGUUUAAAGAGUAAAGAACCAACAUUGAUUAUUGAUGAAGCUAUAAAUUAUUUGAUGUCCUUAAAGCUCAAAGCCAAAGCUCUAGGACUUGCAUAUUCUUAAGUUACUUCUGCAAGAAGGAAAAGGUUUGUAUAUAGCCAUUAAGUUCUUUUACCAACUUGAUCGAUGGUUUUGAGAAUGAUAUAGCAACUUUUGCUUUGCCAAGACCAAUCUUUAUCAAUCUUUAGAGGGAGCACAAUGCAUGAAUGCAUGAAUGGGCGAUAAAAGCUAGGCGUAAUGGGAUGAAAUUCGCACUUUACUUGCAGGGAAUGAGGAAAUAUGGGAUGUAGUUGUCUGAUGGAAAUGAUUAUUUUGUGCUUUAGGUGAUUAAAGAAAGUCCAAGUAUUCAAGGCAUGGUGUUAAUAGUGCUUAGCAUUGCUGUCAAAUGAGGACUCUUUUUUUCCCUGGAAUUGUUGAGAUUUCAUGGAUCAAGUGCAUGCGUGGUAUCUAUCAGGUCCCACCCUCCACCUCUCUUUAGUGAUUUACAUUAUGCUUUUUCUAUUUUCUCAAAGUAAUAAUGAUGCUCUUGAUAAUAAGCUCAUGGUCCCUCGAGAUUCAUCAGGAUUGAAUGAUCUUUGUACAGACCGAAGAAUUGGGUUUGCUGUUUUGUUCUUCUUUUCGCUUUUUUGCAUUUGAGUGAAAGAAUUGAUGUAAGAAUAUCUGGUGUGGGUUGAUUUCAACUAGUACAUAUAAGCUGAGUGAGUUUGUUGCAUAUUAUUUACUGGCUUUUAUGAGAUUUUGUAUGAUUCUUGAA